AUGCAGCUACUGCCCCUUCUCUUGGCCAGCUCGGCUGCAGCGGCAGUCCUGGCCGGACAAAAGUGCCGAUCGACGCCUUCGGACGCAAGCUGGCCGCCCACAGCGGAAUGGGCAUCUCUCAACGCCUCCAUUGACGGGAGACUCCUCCGCACCGUGCCAGCAGCCUCCUCCUGUUGUCCCGGAAAUCCGUUUGGUUCUGCCCUCGACUGCCAGGACGUUUCGGCCGGCUGGGCCAGUGGCACCUGGCAUUCAAUGCAGCCAGAAUCCGUCGACUAUCCCUUGUACGCCAAAAAUUCGUGCCUUCCGGACGAGGCUUCGGGCUACUCUGCCGAUCGGGGUUGUGCCAUCGGAGGACUGGCCCAGUAUAUCGUGAAUGCCACAACCGAGGAGCACAUCGCCACGGCAUUGAGGUGGGCUUCCGAGCGUAACAUCCGCGUCACGGUCAAGGGAACCGGGCACGACCUUAACGCGCGAUCCACUGGAGCUUACUCACUCUCUAUCUGUACCCAUCAGUUCCGAUCCAUCGUCCGCAACCAAGCAUGGAGUGCUGCAAACAAAUCGAAUACGGAAGAUGUGUUCAUCGUUGGCAGCGGCCAGCAGUGGGGAAAUGUCCUCAAUGCAGCGUUGGCGCAGGGCAGAGUCGUCACGACUGGCCAGGACCCAAGUGUCGGCCUGGGUGGCUACAUACAGGGUGGAGGCCACGGCCCCCUUGCGUCUACACACGGGUUGGCAUCGAACCAGGUCCUCCAGAUGACCGUGGUCACCACUACUGGCGAGAUUAUGACUGCGAAUGAUUUCCAGGGCCUCUUCUGGGCGCUCCGUGGGGGUGGACCUGGACAGUACGGCGUCGUCACAGAAUACGUGAUCAAGCACUUCCCGGCGCCUGCAAACGUUGUGACGGCAUCGUUUUCGCUGGUUCCUGCGGUCAACUCAAACAGCAGCAACCAGUUGUCAUGGGAGGCAGCAGGGGCAUUCCUCAGCGAGCUUCCUGAUCUGAUGGACGCCGGACUGGUUGCUGCGGCCACCAUUGCAACCGUUCCGUUCACAGGAGCAGCCUUGAGCCAGGUCUUCUGGGCGUUCAACACCUCCGCCGAGGCCGUGGAAGCCCUCGUCCAGCCAGUCGUCAAGAAGCUCCAGGCUCAAUAUAACAAGGACAACAGCACCCUCUCCAUAUCCUUUAGCGCAGGAUCCCCCAGCAACUAUGCGAGCUUUUUCAGCUCCAUCUCUGGCGACAGCGCCGCAGGCGCUAGAGCCUCACCUCGAGCCGCCUGCUCGGCCGCCACGAGCUCAAUGACACCCCCCACGAGAAGAAAGAACGAGACGGUGGGGUCAUUCACCACGAUCGGGCUCUCUGGCGGCCCCGGGGUCAUCAACGCGCCCGAGGAGCGCUGGGGCGCGCUACUACCGGCGUGGCGCUCCACGUACCUGCACUAUGAGGAGGUGAAGGAGCCCAUGUGGAGGGAGUGGAGCCCUGGCUCCGGGGCGUACUUGAACGAGGGAAACCCUUAUACCAGCGACUUCCAGAAAACAUUCUAUGGUGACAACUAUGACAAGCUGCUGGCUAUCAAGAAGAAGUAUGACCCAACGGAAACCUUGUACAUCCUGUCGGGCGUUGGAAGUGAGAACUGGGACUACGACUUGGACUCCGGCAAGCUCUGCCGUGUUUAG